AUGGCCACCAACCUGGCCCACGUGCUCCUACGCCGAGCCCACACUCCAGACACCGCCGAGCACAUCUUCAACGAACGAGUGGUCCAGAAACCCCUCCUCCUCCGCCCUUCCUCCCCUGAACCCUCCGCUCGCGCUCUCCGCCGCCGCACCCAGGCACAGCGCAAUACGCGCGCCAAGAAGCGCAGCUCCCUUAAACCUCAGCCCCUCUCUGCCGCCCAGAAGAGACAACUGGGCCUCCUCGAGAUCCCCAAAGAGCAGACUAAAUAUGACAUCUAUGCGCCGUUGCACAAUCUGUGGUUGUCGUACAUGAGAGAAAUACUGGGCCUGGAGAGGAAGGCAUGCGUGAGCGCUGCGUCUGCAGGCCAGAUUCUCGCCAGCGCCGACAUGCACGGCGCCAUGCUCGAGGUCGUGAGGAGUAGAUGCGUGAGCCGCGUGGGCAUCAAAGGCAUCGUCGUUCGCGACACCAAGUUUGUGUUCGACAUCAUCACCAAAGGGAACGUCAUAAAGUCUGUACCCAAAGAACACACCACAUUUCGCUUUGAGAUUCCUCUCCCGGCCGUUGAGACUGAACAAGAGCCAAAGCCCUUGGCCUUUGAAAUCCUCGGGGAGCAGUUCCAGAACAGGGCGCCCGAGAGAGCGAACAAGAAGUGGAAGAUGCACUUUCAGCCAGAUAUAUAA